AUGAAUCCCUAUGCUCGUCAGAUGAUGUCGCCUGAUCGCGACGCUCAAGGAAAAAUUGUGCUGAGGACCUACUCGAAAGAUCCCUGGGGAGCAGAAAAUGUCCAAGAAUACAUCGACUCCUGGGGAUUGACGCAAGAGCAAAUUGACAAGAUGUGGGCGCUCCAACGAAAAUUGGUGGACGUGGAUCACUUCAAGAAUGAACCUGAAUGUAUUUUGCGAUUCAUGUUUGCUCCAACUGGAUAUGAUAACGCUGAAGCUUGCUUUAGAAAGAUGAUAGAGUGGCGACUGGACAACAAUGUAGACACAAUCUUGGACGACUAUAAUCCUCCCAAGCGAUUGCUGGAGAGCUCCAGUUCUGCCAUGCUCCAUGGGCUCGAUCGAGAAGGUGACCCCAUUUAUGUUGAGAGGGGUGGGGCUGUAGAUGUUGGCACCCUGUUGAAAGAGUUCAGCGCAGAAGAAAUUGUGAAGUUUUGCAUAUGGACACGUGAACUACAUACACGAGGUGCAUGGAUUGAAGCAUUUGAGAGGCGACAAGGAAGACGCAUCAAGGGCGUCACAGUUGUCUAUGACUUGAAGGGAAUGAGCACCAAGCACUUAAACCCCAAGGGCAUGGACUUAUUUGGAGAAAUCAUGAAGUUUUCUAAUGCCUGCUACCCCGGGCCUAUCAAGCGAUUGAUUAUCAUUCGGGCUCCCUCCAUCUUUCGGUAUGCGUGGGCGGUGGCUAAGAACUUUUUCCGACAGUCACUGCGACGAAAAAUGAUCUUUGCGUCCAAGAACUAUCUUGACGUGUUGGAUGAAUUCAUUCCCCGAGAAGUCCUUCCGCCUUCCAUUGCAGAGGGCGGCUUAGGACGGGUUGCCAUGGGUAUGCCUCCCUUGAUUGGAGAUGUGAAGCACGGCGAGCCAAACUCCCGAGAAGCUUUGUUCAAUGAAAGUGUAAUGACAGUUGAUUCACCCUUUCAGGGACGGACGGGCACAUCUCGUACCGGUAGAGGAGGAAAGGCUGUAUAUUCGCCCUUCGAGGAAUCGUCACGGGCUUCCCUGGCUGAGACUGAUGACGGGUCUGCCUCGUCCGACGAACUCACGUGGGGUGCUCCAAGCUCGCUCUGUUCCGUGGCAGGGAGCGGACUGCUCAGGGGCGUCUGGGUAGACCAGGACGAUGGCAGCAGUGAGAUCUUCACCCGUGCUGUGGCCUAG